AACGAUAUUCAAGUCAUCGACCAGACACGCAAGAGAAUAUUCUCCCAGCUUUGCUAUGACGCCUUUGCCGAAGUUCAGAAUAUUGCACCACCACAAAAUCAGAAUCACGUUCGACGAGUGUCUAUCUCCCAAACGUUCAAAUCUCGCCUAUUCCUUCUUUACUCGCCUUUCUCCAUAUUGCUACUGUACUUUCUAGGACGCGUGGUAUCCCUCGACGUGUGAGUCACACAGCGGUCAACGAUCGAGGCAAGAUCGGUAGGUAUAAAACCAGCAAUAGAUCGGGAAAGCCAACCUUCCACUUUUGACCCAGAGUUACCACCAUGGUUUACUGUUCAGGCCUCUGGCUCAGCACUUUCCUGUAUAUUUUCUCCGUGUCAUUCUACAAGGCGUCUAUGCCUACCACCGACAUCAUUGGGACAUGGGAAGCACUGUCUGUCUUGGCAGACAUCCUCGCCUACGACGUUCCUCACUAUACCGCCGACCUCAACGGGACCCUGGUACUACCUGUCGACACUCUCGUCCAAGGCGUGGUUACCAGCACCAUCGAGCGUAUCGUCAUUGAGCCUGUUGUCGUUGUCGUCGAGUCGGUCGAGUCCAUCGACCAAGGCGUGAUUACCGAAGCUGUCGAGCCCAUCUUCAUUGUCAAGUCAAGUGCCACGGUGAUGAUUCCGGAAGUUUCUUUGGCACCAGCUUCGACCGUCGACAGCCUGCCUAACCAGGCAACCGUCCGAGCCCGCCCUACACGCUCAGCCCCCAUCGUCACCCAGGCUCUGUCAAACCUGAAAAUCGUAAUGGCGUUUGUUCAGUUGGCGAUUAUCGUGAUGUUUGCUGCCGUUGUGGUAGUACUGAGGCGUCCGUUCAUGUCCUCCAAGCUUCCUUCGAUCCCCAUUCUCGCUCCAAACUGUAUCUGAAGCCGAGGCUGCGAAUACCAAAAUUCGACUUAUACCAUAUGAAUCUCCGGGAUAUAAUCGGGCGUAUCUUGGUCUAUUCCCUGUCCUUAUAGGCGACCAGUCAAAUAGAUUAAAUGAAAUAGAUGCACUUCAAUGGAUGCUUUCUCGACGGAUACGACUCAAUGGCUCUGUCAACCCGAAUCAUGGACUUCCCGACACGUCCAGCUCA